UAGAGGCAUAUAACAGCUCCAUUGCCAUUGCCUUUAUUCCUCAGAAUAGGAAAAAUCAACAGUUUUCCAUAUCUGCAAAGAUCACACACCUCGAGAAAUCGAUGGAACAGACAAGAUACAGAAGAUUAGCAGGCUCUGUAGUUCUUCCCUUGUAUUGUCUUCUUUGUGUUUCAGGAUCUGUUGAAGCUUACAAAAACUACACAGUGGGUGAUUCCUUGGGUUGGUAUGACAAUACUGAAAAGCCUACUGUAAAUUACCAGAAAUGGGCUGAUUCCAAGAACUUCGGAUUGGGAGAUUUCCUCAUUUUCAACACCAAUAACAAUCAUUCUGUUGUUCAAACCUACAAUUUGACAACAUACAAGUUUUGUGAUUAUGACAAUGCUGUAGACAAUGAUACCAUAGAAUGGUCAGCCACUGAUCCUUCAAACACUGACACUCAUGGAGUCACUGUGGCUGUUCCUCUAUUAAAGGAAGGAAUCACUUAUUUCUUCUCUGGAGAUUAUGAUGGUGAUCAAUGCAAGAGUGGUCAACGUUUCCAAAUUAAUGUCACUCACGGUCAAGGUUUGCCGGAAAGUCUCAAAAGUCCUGAGGAUCAGGCUCCGGCGCCAAAUAGUCCUGAUGUCAAUGGUGCUGAUUCCGUACCAGAUACUAUUGUACCAGCCAAUUUCGAUCAUCCUCAAGAUGUAAGCGACGAUGAUAAGGUGGAUUCGGGAUCUAUUUCGUUAUAUUUGGACAUCAUAAGCAUGAAAUUGAAUGGGAUUUUGCUUUUGUUUGGGAUUGUUUGCUUGUUUUGAUGGGUGUUGCUGUUGUGAGGUGUUAUAUUUUAAUUCAUUUUAUUUAUAUUUUCUUUUGAUACCUAUGUAUCUUAAUUAAUUAUUUACAAAUGAUUAUCAUCUUAUACAAUACAAUAUAUAUUUAUUUUUUUUAA